AUGGUCCAGCCGCUGACAAAUCGACAUCUGCUGCUCCUCACCGCAAAGGGAGUUCCAGAGGAGCGGGUCAUCGAGACUUCACGUGGCAGUUUGAGUGUUCCAUUUCCGGUGACCCUGAUCCGUGUGGCUCCUCUCCGUGUGCCGCUACUGGGGUGGCUGGUGCUUGACUUGGCGAUCUUCGCCUCGGCGGGUUCCCUGCUGGAAGCACGAUUUGUGGUGGGCUGCGCUUGUGCUAGCUUGGUUCUGGCCCUGAUCCUCGCAGCAAUCGCCUGGAACUUCACACCCCUGACGCUGCGGGAGUACAAGCUCAAGGAGCACCAGCGAGAGCUGAAGAAAGUGAAUCCUGAUCCAAAGCCCUGCCCUCGCGGACCCGGCCGGGCCAUUCGAGCCGGUCAACUGUGGAAGUUCUACUCCACUUUCGAGCCCUUGAUCAGGCAGCACCGCACGAUGUACUACGUUGUCUCCAACCUGGUGAUGCCUCUGACCCGGAGCCGACGUCUCUCCUACGCCGAGCUCGCAGGUCCGAACAAAGUCAAUUGGUUCAUUUCGCAUUUUUGGGGCACUUCCUUCCGCCACUUCGUCUUCAGCAUCCGGAAGCAUGCGGAAAGCGUUGCUGUGGUGAACAACUACAUUGGCAACUGGGCCGAUCGCACCUAUUGGAUUUGCAGCCUCAGCAACAAUCAGUGGAACGUCGCGGAGGAGGUCGGGCAGAGCUGGGAGGAGUCAUCCUUCUAUCUGACGCUGACCUGCGGGUAUUGCGCUGGAACUGCGAUGAUCCUUGAUGACGAAGCGAUGCCAUUGACGCGAGCAUGGUGCUUAUUCGAGGUACUGCAGACGAAGGAAAUCGGCGAUCGGCAAAACAGCUUCGAAGGACUUUGGCUCUGCACCGCCACCGGUGUCCUGCAUAAGGGCAAGGCGGGUGUGGAUGUCGCCAUGCGCAUAGCCGAGCGGCUAUCAACACUGAAGCUGGAGGAUGCAACUGCCUCCGUGCAGAAGGAUAAGGACAUGAUCGACGACUUGGUCUCCCAGAUGCCUGGCGGCUUCAGUGCCAUGAACGCCUUCGUCAAGCAAAACAUUGCCGAGGCCCUCCUGCGCAUGCAAGAGGCAUUUUCCAGUGAUUUUCAGAAGCUGAUGGGGUCGCUAGGGCAUGCAAAGCAAGGUGCGCCAAGCCUUGAGCGAGGCGCAUGGGAACUCCGGCCUUGCAAGGCGGAGGAGGCGGAGGAACCCGAGGAGCAGGCUGUGGAGCUGUCGCUGAAUGGGAGCCAGUCGCGAGAGCCAACGCCCAUACCGUAA